UAUGAAUUUAAAAAAUAAUAAGAUGCAUUCAUUAUAAAUAAAUACAUAAUUCUAAUAAAUAGUAUUCGAAAUUCAUAAUAAACAUUUAGGAAGAAGUACUAGUAUCGUUUGAAAGCGCCACGGUUGUUGGGCGAAACAUGCACUUGUAACACCUGUUUUAAAUAGGACGCUCUCGCAUCAAUUUACUUUUCUGUUUCAUAGCAAAUAAAUUCUUGGAUUUUUCUAUCCAUUUUCGUGAUUCGAGAAUAAAAAAACUCUUUGAAACGAGAGCGGCAAUAUAUCAUUCAGAAAAAUGGUUCAAUGUUCAACGAUUUAAAGGGAGCCUUUUUUGUUUUACUUCUCUUUCUCUUCCUUUUUUUUUUUUUGUUUGCUUUUAAUUCGUAUCGCACGUUUUCUUUUAUUUUUAGGAAGUCAACUUGAUUGCAUGGGCAUUAUGAAGCAGCACCUUUUUAUAUGGCUUCUUUCUCUGUGUCGUGUACCAAAGUAUUAGGAAGAAUGGUGGGCACGAGGCUGAGGUCCUCAACAGAGGAAGGUCUGCUAAAAAAUUUGUACCAUUAAUCCGAGGCCGCCACCGAGAUCGACCGGUAUAAUCGCAACAGCUUAACCAAGCAACAAUCGGCGUUGAAAAGGUUUCGGUGGUCGCGUGACGAGCCGCAAUUUCGUUGGAUUACGAAGGAGGAGCCGAGGGGAAACGGUGGAAGGAAGAGUCCCGAGUGGCGGAGCCUACGUCACUGUCCACGCUAUCACGAUUAACAGAGUGAACAGCACGAGACGUCCGCGCGCGCGAGCGAGAUGAAACGCGUGGCGAAGGAAAGGUAAAGGAAAGGAAAGGAAGGCGCGCAAGGAUGACCAAAACCGAUGAGCGGAUGAACGAGUAAAGCCAGGAAGGAAUCACAAGGGAAACGAGGGGUCUGCCGAAGGAAGAGAUGGUGGUGGAGUGGCUCUGUCCUGGACUUAGGCCGGCCGGAAGCCGUAGGCCCCGUCUUCUUCACUGCAAAGUGAUACUUCUUGACGAGCACGAACUGUUACAAGAUGUUUUGAGCUCGAACCUCGGCCAGGAACUGUUGGACAGGGUGUUCAGGCAUUUGAAUUUAUUGGAGACGGCUUACUUCGGGCUACGUUAUCUGGAUCACGGUAAUCAGACGCAAUGGCUCGAUCCAAGCAAGAAGAUUGGAAAACAAUUGAAAGUCCAGAAAGGAGAUCCAAGCUCGGACGUCCACACCCUAUAUUUCGGUGUGAAAUUCUACGCGGCCGAUCCCUGCAAACUCAUCGAAGAAAUCACAAGGUAUCAGUUUUUCUUACAAGUGAAACAGGACAUUCUGCAAGGAAGACUUCCCGUGUCUUUCGACUUGGCCGCAGAAUUGGGAGCUUACGUCGUGCAAUCCGAACUUGGAGACUAUGAUCCAAGGCGACAUUCUGUAGGAUACGUCACAGAAUUUCGAUUCUUAGCAAAUCAAACCACGGAAUUGGAAAAUCGUAUAGUGGAACUUCAUAAAACUCUUGUAGGACAAUUACCAUCCGCGGCAGAGCUGAAUUAUUUGGACAAAGUGAAAUGGCUGGAAAUGUACGGGGUUGAUUUGCAUCCCGUGUUGGGCGAAGAUAGCGUGGAGUAUUUUCUGGGUUUGACGCCGAGUGGGAUAAUUUUGUUGCGCAACAAGACCAAAGUGGGAAAUUAUUACUGGCCUCGAAUCAAUAAAAUCUAUUAUAAGGGUAGAUACUUCAUGCUGAGAGUCAGUGAAAAGAACUCGGAGGAGAGGACACACGGUUUCGAGACGCCGUCAAAGGGUGCGUGCAGACAUUUGUGGAAGUGUUGCCUGGAGCACCAAGCGUUCUUUCGAUUAAUGGCCACCGGCCCGCCACCUUUGAGCCCUUACUCUCGUUUCCGCUCGUACAGCCCGCCGUCUGGAUCCGAGAAGCACACCGUGAUCAGACGGAAUCCACCGCCUAUAUUUCAGAGGACGCCCAGUCGCAGGGCCCAACGACGCGUGGUCGAGGGCCAAGAGAUGGUCGGCCCGUUUGUGGAAACGCCCGCGACGGUGAACUCGAAUUCGAACAGCAAUCCGAUCAGCGGAAAUGUUUUGUGUAAUAGUCAAAGCGCGAGACAGGUGAAUAAUUCGAGUCCCAGGAGCACCAGGAGCGCGCCGUGGACUCAAAGCCAACCUCGUGGCCUUUAUACCUCGUCUAGUCCUCGGUCAGUCCGCUCCGCGGGAACUGCGCCGGCACUCUUGAGCAGACUCCAGCGACGGAGUAGCUCUGUAGAGAGUCAAAGUUCAGGGGACAGUCACAGUCGUGGUGGUCAUCGUAGAAGAAGUCAUAGUCAUAGCCAUCGAAGACACAGUCGUCAUUCUGAUUGUGAAUCUGAGCUUUCACGGGGUUCGGAUACUAGGUCAGGUCAUCGUAAACACCGCAGAAAGCACAGAAGCUCUCGUUCGUCUAGACACGAAUUGGUAGAUUCUGAACCACAAUGGAGAGAGGCACAGAAGCGGAAGGGCGAAGGAGUUCAACGGGCUGUUGUAAGUCAUACAGAACCAAGAAGAAGGCACAGAAGUAGACACCGGAGUCCUUCUCAAAAGCAACCACUGCCAGACGAGCUUAGGAAACACUUGGAGUUUGGGCUAGUCGAUACUUCUGGAAUGAGUGAACAGCAACGGCGAGAGAUACCAUAUACGGUGGUUCAGUCGCAAACAUCCGUGCAACAAUGUACUCUACAAUCUAGUAAUUCUCGAUUGGACGAUGCAGACUCGUCGUCCCUGCCUAGAACGAUCGGAUCCGUUGGCAAAAGAAACAGAAGAAUGAUACAACAUAGUCACGAUGGAAGUUAUAAUUUGCCACCAACCAGACCGAGUCAAGUUGAUAUAAAAUACUACGAUGGUAAUAGGAGCGAGUGCAAUAUGAGGAAGGACUUUUAUUAUACACGUAACAACAGAAUAUUGAUAGGAAGUAACGUGGACAGUGGGCUCGGGGAAAGUACACCGCAAGAAUUUUCAAGUUGCUGCUCAAGCUCUGCCGACAGCGCUAAGCCCACUCGGGUACCGCAAAUGCAAUUAGGGGGAGAGGUACGCUAUGAACUGUCUUCAAAUCAAGAAAUCUACCCUCCUGUUGAUACUACUCUGGAUGCUGUUCUUCAGCCCAUUAUAUCAACUUUAACAAGGAGGCAACGGAACCGCCCGAAUUGAGCAUGAAGCUUUAAAUAAAUACAAAUAGACAUUUAUGCACAUAUUGUAUAUUUAAGAAAAUUUUUAUACCUCAUUUCAAAUUAAAUAUCUAUAAUCCCAUCAGUCACUUAUGAAAUGGAACAACAUAAACAAAUGAAUUAAAUGCGCA